GAGACAGACAGAGCAUGAGUGGGGGAGAGGGAGACACAGAAUCUGAAGCAGGCUCCAGGCUCUGAGCUGUCAGCACAGGGCCCGACGCGGGGCUUGAACUCACAGACUGUGAGACCAUGACCUGAGCUGAAGCCAGACGCUUAACCAACUGAGCCACCCAGGCACCCCAAUAGCCUGGAAUUAUUUAAAAAAAUCACGUUUCACCAUGGUUAAAAGCACAUAUUCUAAAGUAUGUCAGCCCCUGGCUGAGAAGACUGGCAAUUAGAAUAUAUUUGUUGACUUAUUCGAUACAAUACAGAUUUUUAAAACUUUAAAUUUAUAAUACAUGUUUCUUUUCUGAGGAGGGAAAAGAGUCAAAUUUUAAAAAUAAGUAUCUGAUUACUAAUUGGAUGGGACUAGAUCAGAAAUUUCUGUGAGCAAUACUGAACAUAAAUUACAUAUUUUGGAAUUAGUGGUUGUGUAAAUGAGUUAUUAAGUGGUCUAGCUUAUGUUCCCUUAGAUAAUAAACUAGUCUCCUGUCACUUUUUAAAAUUCCUUUCUCUCGACUUCUGUUUUCUGGGAAACUAUUUUGAAGGGCACUGUGGUAUAGAGAGAAUGUUGUGAUUUUAGAGACAGACAGGCCUGAGUUAGAAUCCUAGGUCUGUCUCUUACUAACCAGAUGACUUGAAACAAGUUGAUUAAAAUUCUGAGUCUUUUUUUGUCAGUAUUGGUGGAGCUCAUACUUAGAAGGUGUGUUAAAGAUUAAAUGAUGCCUAGUUUGAUGUAAGACAUGGUAGAUGCUCAGGAAAUCUAUCCUGCUUUCCUUCCAUUCAUCCAUCCAUCCAUAUUUCAUGCUAAUAGAAAUGAAGAGAGUCUGUGUCACCCUUACACUUGGGCCCUUGGUAAGGGAGGCAAUCACCCAUUAGGGUACAUGUUUUUUAGGGGAAGUCUCCAUAUAGAAGAUUGUAGUGCUGCUCCCAUAGAAUAGGAACUGCAUGUAGAUUAGAGUCACUACUCUUUCCCACUAUUCAUUCACUCCUCUCCUCAUCUCCCCAGGCCCAUCACACACACACUAUUGCUGCCCCUUUGUUAUAGUCCAGACCUGUAAUAUGGAAGAAAUAGGUUUCCUGUGGAGGGUGGGAAAUCAUCUGACCCCAAAGCUAAAUAAUCUUUGAGUCUAAAUAAUGUCAGGGUUUCUGAUAAAAAGAUGUAUAUCUGAACCCAAGACAUCUCUGUGAGCAUCUUUUCUGUUGAUGAACAUUUAUAUUAUGCUCAAUUUGCCACUUGAUUUCUAUUUCCUGAUUGUAAGGCUUGAUCUAGGAUUUCAGGUCUUCAGAUAUGUAUUUCUUAUUUUUUAGUUCUCAGGCAAUCCAGAUUCUUCCAUUUUUAUUUUCCCAUGAGUAUAAAAAGACUUCUGACAAUCACAGCAUAAUAAACUUAAACUGAGUACCUUGUACCUAUCAAGAAGUUCUAGGGGCACCUGGGUUGCUCAGUUGGUUAAGUGUCUGACUCUUGAUUUCUGCUCAGGUCAUGAUCUCAUGGUUCAUGAGUUCUAGGUCCAUAUCAGACUCUGUGCCGACAGCGUGGAGCCUGCUUGGGAUUCUCUCUCUUUCCCUCUCUCUCUCUGUUCCUCCUCCACGUGUGUGUGCACACUCUUGCUCUCUCUCUUUCUCAAAAUAAAUAAACUUAAAAAAAAAGUUCUAUACCCAGAAGUAUUUUGCAAAUAGUUAUUAGCUUGUUUUUAAAUAUUUGUGAGAUUUAUCCUAAUUCAGGCCUUUCAUUUUGCCCAGUUGUAUAAUUUAACAGAAUAAAUUACAAAUGCUACGUGAGCAUAUUUUAUUUGUGUGUAUACAUUACAUAUUUAUACACAUUUCAUGUGGAUCUUAUGUCAAAAUGAAAGAGCUGUUCCUAGUUAUAUAUUGCAUUAUACAAUUUGAAUUUUUGCUUUCAAGUUUCUUUGAGAAAGUAAAAGCGUCACCAUCUCCUUAUAGCAACGGUAGCUACCAUGUAUUGCAUGUUUACUGUAUGCCAGCCUCAGUGUUAGGCUCUUGACAUACAUGUGUAAGAUCUAAUCUUCAAUCUUCCCAAUAACCUCAUGCAGUAGGGUAUCAGAGAGAUCAGCUUAGUAUCAGAGCCUCAAAAACCUGAUAUAUUUGCUUCAGUGGGAAAAUACCAAGACUAGAUAUUUUGAAUGUUAUAUAAUUAUGGGCCAUGCAGUACAUAAAUACGGAUGGUAUAAAUCAGUUGAUUGUAAUGGGGAAGACAAGUCACUCAUUCCUGUCAGUGAGGACAAUUUCCUUGUCCCAGGACUUGUUUAUUGUUAUUUGAGACACUCCUAAGCCUUCCCCUGUGGGGAGCAUAGCAGGUCUAUCCUGGUGACUGGCUGACUUGGGGAUUCAGGUGUUCCCAGUCAGAGACCAGCUUUCACUACUCUGGGGUCUGUAGCCCUGCUUGACUAAAGAAAUCCUGGUUGCAAAAUUUGGUCAGCUGUACGCUUUUUGUGAGCCUAGAAUAGUUGAUUCAAAGUCACUGUUGUGUUCUUUGCUUUUUUAUUGUUAAAAGUUAUAUUGAUCUACUUGUAUUUGAAAAGAUUUAUGUUGUAAAACCUAACAUCACAUAAGACCAACCAAUAAUAGUUUUACUUCAUCAUUCUGGGGUCUGUAUCAAUUUUUAUAUAUUGUGCCCUGUUGUCAUUUAUGUGCUAUACAAGAAAAACUCUGUAGUUCAAGUUAUGUUUAAGAGACUCUACCUUCAUCCCUGGCCUUGCUGCCACCACUUUCUAACUUCCCUUCCAUGUACAGCCUCUCCUUUUCCAUCAUCUCUCCACACUGUUGCUCAAAGGUUUUUCGGUUGUUUUUUUUGUUUGUUUUUGUUCUUUCGAAAAUCCAGAUGUGAUCACUUCAUUUCUCUGACAAACCUCUGGUAGUUCUCUGUCGUCUGCAGUGUCAGCCUUUCGCCUCCCCUGAUCUCUCCAGCAGUUUCCCACCAGAUUGCCUGCUGUUCCUUGAAUAUGCCAUUCUCCUUCAUACCUGCCAGUUUGUAUGAGCCGUCCCUUCUGCUUAGAACUCUCCCCCUGUCACCCCAUUCUUUCCUUGCUAAAUUUCCAUUCUUCACUCAAGACCCAGUUUAACUAGCUCCUUCUCCUUUAAAACUGUCAUUGGCUCCCAUAGGCAGAGGGAGAUGCUUUUUCCUUUGGACAUCCAUUGUAGCAUUUAAAUUGCAGAGCUAUUACAGUUUCCUGCUUAAGUUCUUCGGGGGCAAGGACUGCUCCUCCUCCUCCUCUUCCUCUUUUUCUUCUUAUUCUUCUUAUUGUUCUUAUUAUUAAUCUUCAGCAAUUAUUCCAUUGCCAGUUCAGAGCAGUUGCUUUCAAAGGUUGAUGGUCUUGCAUUUGAUUAAUUUAAAACCAACAUAGAAAAAUUUACUGUAGCAGCUUUUUUUUUUUUACUAGAGAUACUUGCUCUUAUAGCUCUUUUGGCAACUAAUCAGAUUCUUUUUUCAGAAGCAUUAUUGUGCAUGUGGGCAAUCUUCAAGGGUUAGGGACUUGAGCGGGUUGGGCUCCACCCUUUGUAGACCUCAGGUUCCUGUACAAAGAGCUACUUUAAUGUUUUGUCCGCAGUGGUUAUUGCAGUGCCUGGAGUAUAGUAACCACUCAAUAAGUGUUACUUACUAUGAGUAUUACCACGUUUACUGUGCGCUGCACCAGCCAAGAAGGUUGUUGAUACUUUGAUUUGUGGUAUCAAAACAAUAAAUUGUUCUUUUUUUUUCCAGAUCAAAUGCAAAUUUAUAUUGUGCUAGUGAGUAUGGUUUUUUAAACUACAUGUAGACACAACUGACUGUUUUCCUGGAGCUUCUCAUUCUAGGGAGACACCCCUAAUUGAUGACCCUUGCCCAGUACCCUUUCCAAAACUCUCUACCCUUCCUUCUCACUGUGAUCUUUCUGUCUCUAGGACUGCCUAUGGCUGAGGUAGCAGUGAGAAAAGCUCUCAGGUGAGAGUCUUACCCCCUGAUAUUAUCUGGGGUACACCUGAUUUAAUGUUUUCUCUCACUUCUUGACAUUGCCUGAGGAUUUUGUUUUACUUCUUAACAUUGUGAUAUCCUGGAGAAAGAAGCCUCUGUAUCUUUCUUACUUAUAUGUGAGGAUAGGCUAUGGUUUGUUACAACAUAUUUUCAAAAAUGAUGAAAUGGAAAAUAUUUUUCUGAAAUAACCUUUUCACUUACCUGUUCUUAGUGAAUUUAAAUUUUUAUUGAAAGCCCUUGCGGGGCGCCUGGGUGGCUCAGUCGGUUAAGCGGCCGACUUCGGCUCAGGUCAUGAUCUUGCGGUCCGUGAGUUCGAGCCCCGCGUCGGGCUCUGUGCUGACAGCUCAGAGCCUGGAGCCUGUUUCAGAUUCUGUGUCUCCCUCUCUCUGACCCUCCCCCAUUCAUGCUCUCUCUCUGUCUCAAAAAUAAAUAAACGUUAAAAAAAAAAAAUUUUUUUUUUAAAGAAAGCCCUUGCUUUUCAUAGUUUCUCUUUCAUUUUCUCUCUCCCACUCUUUGUCUCUGCUUGUUUUUCCAGAAGGUGCACUUUCGUCCUUGUUCAUUUUUAAGCAGCUUGGAAAGCUGCUGUUUGAUGAUGCCUGACAUUGUUUUGGAGGAAGAAAACCAACAGUGAGAUCAAGAAUUGUUCUCUAAUGAUCUUGCUUCACCAUGGCUACAAAUAUGGAGGGGCUGGUUCAGCACAGAGUGGGGACCCAGCAGGUGGCUGAGGUACCACGGACACAGACCUCUCGGCCGGAAUCUCCAGGGAUGACCAGCCCCUCCCCGCGCAUCCAGAUAAUCUCCACCGACUCUGCGGUAGCCUCACCUCAGCGCAUUCAGAUUGUGACAGACCAGCAGACAGGACAGAAGAUCCAGAUAGUCACCGCAGUGGACGCCUCCGGAUCCCCCAAGCAGCAGUUCAUCCUGACCAGCCCAGAUGGAGCUGGAACUGGGAAGGUGAUCCUGGCUUCCCCGGAGACCUCCAGUGCCAAGCAGCUCAUAUUCACCACCUCAGACAACCUCGUCCCUGGCAGGAUCCAGAUCGUCACGGACUCUGCUUGUGUGGAACGUUUGCUGGGGAAGGCUGACGUCCAGCGGCCCCAGGUGGUAGAGUACUGUGUAGUCUGUGGCGACAAAGCCUCUGGCCGUCACUAUGGGGCUGUCAGUUGUGAAGGUUGCAAAGGUUUCUUCAAAAGGAGCGUAAGGAAAAACCUGACCUACAGCUGCCGGAGCAACCAAGACUGCAUCAUCAAUAAACAUCACCGGAACCGCUGUCAGUUUUGCCGGCUGAAAAAAUGCUUAGAGAUGGGCAUGAAAAUGGAAUCUGUACAGAGUGAACGGAAGCCCUUUGAUGUACAACGGGAGAAACCAAGCAAUUGUGCUGCUUCAACUGAGAAAAUCUAUAUCCGGAAGGACCUGAGAAGUCCUCUGAUAGCCACUCCCACGUUUGUGGCAGAUAAAGAUGGAGCAAGACAAACAGGUCUUCUUGAUCCAGGGAUGCUUGUGAACAUCCAACAGCCUUUGAUACGCGAGGAUGGUACGGUUCUCCUGGCCACGGAUUCCAAGGCAGAAACAAGCCAGGGAGCUCUGGGCACACUGGCAAAUGUAGUAACCUCCCUUGCCAACUUGAGUGAGUCCCUUAACAAUGGUGAUGCUUCGGAAAUGCAGCCGGAGGACCAGUCCGCAAGUGAGAUUACUCGGGCAUUUGAUACCUUAGCUAAAGCACUUAAUACCACAGACAGCUCCUCACCUCCGAGCCUAGCAGACGGCAUAGAUGCCAGUGGAGGAGGCGGCAUCCACGUCAUCAGCAGAGACCAGUCCACACCCAUCAUCGAGGUCGAAGGGCCCCUCCUUUCAGAUACUCAUGUCACAUUUAAGCUCACCAUGCCCAGCCCAAUGCCAGAGUACCUCAACGUGCACUACAUCUGCGAGUCAGCAUCCCGCCUGCUUUUCCUCUCCAUGCACUGGGCCAGGUCAAUCCCAGCUUUUCAGGCACUUGGGCAGGACUGCAACACCAGCCUGGUGCGGGCCUGCUGGAACGAGCUCUUCACCCUCGGCCUCGCCCAGUGUGCCCAGGUCAUGAGUCUCUCCACUAUCCUGGCGGCCAUUGUCAACCACCUGCAGAACAGCAUCCAGGAAGAUAAACUUUCUGGAGACCGGAUAAAGCAAGUCAUGGAGCACAUCUGGAAGCUUCAGGAAUUCUGUAACAGUAUGGCGAAGCUGGAUAUAGACGGCUAUGAGUAUGCAUACCUUAAAGCUAUAGUUCUCUUUAGCCCCGACCAUCCAGGUUUGACCAGCACAAGCCAGAUUGAAAAAUUCCAAGAAAAGGCACAGAUGGAAUUGCAGGACUACGUUCAGAAAACCUAUUCGGAAGACACGUACCGAUUGGCCCGGAUUCUCGUUCGCCUGCCAGCACUCAGGCUGAUGAGCUCAAACAUAACAGAAGAACUUUUUUUUACUGGUCUCAUUGGCAAUGUUUCAAUAGACAGCAUAAUCCCCUACAUCCUCAAGAUGGAGACAGCAGAGUAUAACGGCCAGAUCACCGGAGCCAGUCUAUAGUGUGCACCGCACACCUGCUGAGAAGCAGAAGGAUCCUCCCAGGACCGCUCAGAUAACAGAGAAAAUAAAGUAGUGGUAUUUUGGUAUGUGCAAAUAUUUCCAGUAUGUUAGCCAUUUCCUACCUGGUUUCUUCUUACCUGUUAAUCCCAAACAAUAGCAACUAAAAGACUAGUAGGAUCCUUUCCUGCCAUAAGAAAUGUUUUAAUGCCUUUUGAUGAACCAGAUUUUGGAACAAUCUUUUAACCUAAUUUGUAUUUAGCGAUUCUCAAAGGGCAAAAAACAGUUUUAUAAUGUCAGAGACUAGUAUUAAACAAAACUAAACGAACCUAAGAAAACAGUAUGUGUGUAUAUAUAUUAAAAUUUUCCUUGGAAUUAAUAGCUACUAAUUACCAGGGUAAAUAAUAUUAGCACUUUCUAAGCACUUCUUAUCAAUGCGUAUGUUAGCAACAUCUUGCCUGUGGGCAGGACAAAUGGAAAACUGUGUAUGUCUUUUGCCGAAAUGCUAAUGAUUUCUGUGAAAACGCAAUAGGGUACAGGAGACAAUCAUUUAUGUUUAAGAAAAGAUGGCAUCAUUCCUAAUUGUAUGCACACAUUAGUGGUGUUGAACUAAAUUCCUAUGAACGAUUGAGAAUGUGGCUCAUGUGUAUCAUGCAGUAAGUGGGAGUGUGGUAGUGCAGUCGGUGGGGACCCCAACCGGAAGCUUCCUCAGCUGGUGAGUUGAUGAUGCUUGUCAGGUUCCCUGACCUCUGGUUCUGGUCUGUGACUGGCAUCUACAGGCUCCUCCAAACCUAGGGCUCUCUUGAUGACUGGUUCUCAGAAUUGGAUUGCAACCAACCAGUCAGACAUAAACUGCCAAUUCCUGCAGCAAGUGAAAACAUCCCCAAAUCACCUCCACCACUCACGGCAGACAGAGCCUUCUGACCAAAAAGUGCAAGGUGGGCAUUUUGAACCUGACAGUAAUUCCUGAAUGCAAUCUGGGGCGGUUGCUCAUUGUUCAGAUGGAGGAAGAAGGUCCCCUUCUCAGGGGUUUCCAUUGCAAACACCCCCCUGAGAAGGGUCUGUAUUCCUGCAGUUCACUCAGAACUAUGAGGUGAUUCAGCGGGGAGGGGUGCAGGAUUUUGCUCCCUGUCCCGGGGUAGUGGUGAUGGUAUGGCUGAAUGGAAGGGUUUCUCUGUUGACCUUGAAUAUCAGGGUUUUUCAAAGUGUUUCCAGACUCUGCAUUUCUGUUGGCAGAUCUUUGAAUGCUACUGGCACACCAUGCACUUUGAUCCCCCCAGGUGUGUACCAACAAAGAACCCUGGAGCAUUUUGGGUGAUGUAUGCAGAAGCAGCCUACCUGCUCCUUAUAAAAAAAACCCGUAACUCCCAAAGUUAUCUUCUUUGUCCUAAGUUACAGCCACCAUCAUUUACAAGAGCAGAAUGCAGUAUAAGGAAGUUCUGUCUAGAGAAGAGCAUAAAUUCCCAUGGAUGUGAGUAAACGGUGGGCAUUUCCUUCUUGGGAAAGUGGCAUGUCCAAGACCAGAUAGGUACUCUCCGUUUCCUUUUUGUACAGCCCAGAUUAAGAAAAUACAGCAUUAGGUUAAAUCUGCAUCUCCCAGGACCUUUUGACCAGAUGGUAUCCAGAAAGAUCCCAGUGCACUUCCCCUGCCUCACAGGCACUCUCUGGUCUGGCUUGGGCCCUAGUCAGGGUGGGGCCUCAUGUGCUAUGUAGGUGCCCAGCCAGCUAGCCACUGGCUCUUGACAAAAUAGGAUUCUCUGUUCUGAAGUGUUAGGAGCACUUGGUGAAAGUCAUUAGUAGGAAUUAAGUGGGGAUGGUAUCUCCAACUUCUAAAUUCCUGUUUGGAUUUAAUUAUAUUAUUUAUAGUUCAUGACUUGGAAACACAUUUUGGAGAUAAUAGGGGUGCCUGUUAUAAAAUGAUGGAAAGAAUUUAAUUUUGCCAGCUUAAAUUUUUGGUUUCUAACUUUGAAGUGAUUUAAAUUUCAAAAUUAAGAAAAAAACAGCCAAGACAGUAGAGUUAGGGCAGGUCUGUUUCAUUUCUACUCAUGAAGGAUUUUAGCAGAGGGUAUUUUCAAGCACGUUUAUGCAUCUUUCACAGCAAGUUGCCUGUUUUCUGUUCGAUUUUUUAAUAUAAGCACAUCUGUUGAUCACAUAGCCAUUCGGUGGCAAUACCAGUGUCACAUCUCCCAGAUCUGAGUUCUCCGUGUUAGGGAAAAGGCCCACCCCUCAUUCCCAGGGGUGGGCCUGGAAGUCCUGUGUCCAUUCGGCUUGUAGAUACCUUUGCCUUUAGAUAACGGCAUGGCUUAGCCAAGACCUCGACCGAGGGCCCAGCGAUGCACUGUUGAAAGUUUUGGGGCAGAGAAGGUGAUAAACCAGCAGGAAGACAGGGAACAUUUGGGUGAGUGCUGCACUCUGGCCAGGUAGCCUUGGACAAAAAUCGGUUCAGCUUGGAGGGUUGUUGAUUUUGACCUAGUCUUGCCCCUUGAGUCCCUUCACUGGUGAUGGCUGAUGGCAGUGGACCAUUUUGGGCUUUGAACACUCAUUAGUUUCCCAGAUCCUCUUGGCUUUACUUUGAAGUAGCCUUUUCCCUAAGGAUCAUGUUCACACAAGCUGAUUUCUUGCUGCCCCAAAUCAUUUCACACCUUGGACAGCAGGUCCAUCCCAUCUUGUCAGAUUGGUUAAGAGGAGCCCAAAGUCCAGACUUUUUUAAAGGGAUCCCAAGCAAAUACUGAGGCUCAACUUUCACAAGGCUUUUACCCCUCAUUGGUAGUUGGUGAAACUCUAGAUUUGGUUAAGUGAUGCCAGCUCUCUGCCUAAGAGCAGGUUCUUAGUCACACAGCCUGUGCACAUGUCCCUUCUGUUAACCUGCCCCUUCUUCCCUUGUGAGGAGAGGUCUAUCAGCUAAAGGAGGUGGUGAUAUACACCAUUGCUUCUUGAUGAAAUGGGCUCUUUUCCGGCAGUAUCUCAGAUAAUGCUAGACAGUUAUAUGUUGAAAUUCUGGAGGUCAUUACGUAUAAUCAUAAAACAGGACAGGAAGAGACUUAGAAAAAUUACUCAAGCAAAUAAUACUUUCCAAGCUAUUCCACCCUUCUGAUUUGAAAUUUGUAUGUGUGUCUAUUGGGGGAUUACCAUUAUUUAUUGUCUAGCUUCUGCCAUGAGGCUGUUCUUGUGGUUCUUUUGUUGUUUGGGUUUUUAUAUUUCAUUGCAGGUAUAGUCACUUGUAAGAUGUUAUGUAAAUGCCCUCAAGAGGGAUGGUUUCCUAGCUUCUCAGUAUUAAAUGUGAACUCUGUUCUGAGGCAGUUGCCACCAGCCAUGGUGAUCGCAAUGGAUGCACCUACUCUUGGGCUCCCUGACGUGGCAGCCACAUAUCGCUAGAGUGCAUGGUUGCAGCCAUAGUACAUAUUUACUUAGCUGUUUUGCUUGUUUGGGGGAUGGCUGUGGCAGGAAGGCUAAGAUUUAGAAGGGCUAUAUCUAGUGCUUUUAUUCUGGGGGAAAAAUGCAUCCUAAUCCUUUGGGGUGAUUUCCAGUAGUCUUGCCCCCAGCCUGCUCUCUGCCUGACAAGCAGCCCUUGGCUAUGAAUCCAAGUUCUAGGACCUGAUCAGAUCAGAGUCCAGAAGUUUGUUGCCCACUUGCCGGUGGAAAGGGCCUCAUGUGCAGUGGGGCUAUCUAGAUGACAUUUCAUCUCUAAGUGUAGGCCAUGAAGUGUCAUCUUCUGACAUUCGCUUUUAUCCCUGGGGGCGGGGGGGUGGGGGGAGGUAGGGAGGCAGUGCCCUUUAGACCCUGGAAGGUUGGAGCAGGCCAGGCAGAUGCCCACAUGCUUCCUUUAUCCCACUUCCAGUCUCUAGAUUGUACGGCUCUUUGAAAAUGUCUUAACUUUGAUGUAAAUUUGUAAAGCCAAGCCCUAAUCGAGGUAGUGGGUUUGGGUCUUUUGUACACAGGGUCCUGGACAUCCCCACGUGUGCCUCUUGCCAGCGCACACUUGCGCAUGUCCAGCCCUGGGGUCCCUUCAGCGGCAUUUUGCGUGUACAGAUUUAUAGGCUUGUAUGACUGAAUGAAUGUACAUGUGUUUAUAUCUAUAUAUGUACAGUGUAUAUAGUGUGUGUAUGUGUACAUAGAUGUAUAUUAUGUAUACAGACAUGUAGCCAUGUAUCCAAAAUUUCCUUAUGUUUUAAAGAGAGUCUAUGAUAGAGUUGCUAAAGUAAAUGGACGUGGGUGUUCCAAGGUCCCUCAGCAGGAUGGAUUUGCUGAUAUUUUAACUCCAUUUUCCUUUGGGUGAGCCUGGCUGGGAAAGGCCAUGAAGACAGAAUCUCCACUCUGUACCAGGGAAGAUCCCAGACAGAAAAGGUCCUGACAGGAGGACACUGCCGUAUAUUCUCUAGGUUCAGGCAAGGGCCAGAAAGGUAGAAGACCGUUCAUCCUAAUGUCCAAAACUAGGUGGGGACCUUUAACUUGGCUGCCACACACCUGUUUAUGGCCUGACUAGAAGGAACUUGAUAGUAGGAGCUGUCGGCCUUCCCAGACACUCGCUCUGUCAUGUGGUCCAGAGACAGGCAUCAUAGUCAGAGAUUCAGAGUGGUCCUUGUUCUGGGGCCUGACUCCUCGUGUGGUAGUGAUUUCCUAUGCUCACCCGGAUUUAGCAAACGGUGGGCACUGCCCGGUGAGUAAACAGAUUCCCAUGUGUCUAGUGCCAGUUGAAAAAAACCUACCAAGCAGUCUUUUAAGAUAAACAUGAAUAUAAUGACUAAAUUAUGGAAUAUUAAGUUACAAAUCUUAAAUUACUUUUCUAGCAUGUGAAUAAAAUCCACUGACAUAAAUUCUUCCUAUAAAUUGAUUUAAACAUGUCAGAUAAAAGUUGGAUUUUAAUAUGGCUACAUGUGCCCUUUAAGCUACAGAUACCUAAUUUUCCUCACCCAGGUCUAUUCUGAUGAAUUUUCCCCCUUAAUCGGGCUUUAAACUGAGACCGGACACGCGGGAGCCAGGGCCCAGCCCGGCAUAGUUGCUUGCAGAGCUGGUGAAUGGGGCCUGCCUGGUGGGAGGGCUGAAAGCUGGCCCGCUGAAGGGAACUGGAGAACGGCAAAAACUCACAUAGCCCAUAGGUUUUCUGUUGUUUUUUAAAAUAAGCUACCGAAAUGUUUGAGAACACUUCAUUGAGACUAUAGUACUCAGUGCCUUUUGUGAGACGGUGGGUCAUUUAGCCUUCAGCUUCCCCUAUAUUUAAUGUAAAAGAAGCUCCUACUUCGCUGGCCUCAUCCAACAGCACUUCCUGACCUUCCCCUGUCCUUGCCUGUCUUGACAAUCACACUCUUGAAGGUGGCUUUCCAGUUAAAAUACAAGAGGAAGCUUGACAGUCUCUCAAUCUUCAAAGUAAAAGUUUUCAUUUGGGGCUAUCUUAACAGCAAUCUAAGAGUUAUUAAAGUUUGAGCUUAAAAAGAGUAUCUUAGGGGUGGGGAAUGUCGGAGAUACUUUUAAGGCCCAGCUAUACUUCCAGUUCAGAAGCCAGUAAUUCUGGUGUCUCAAUAUUUAUACACACAGCAUAGAAAAAAUGCUAUAAAAAUCAAUGUUCAACAACAUUUAUCAACUGACAGACUGUGAGAAAGCUUAAUAUUUGGAUAACAUUUGGAAGUAGACUUUAUGUUAAAAACGACUUCUCUUUAGGAACGUGUACUCAAUUACCAUUUUAACGACCAGAGCGGCCACGGGCUCAGACGAUGCCGCCACACAACUCAAGUGCUGGGAUAUUUUUCUACAGCCUCCGUUCUCCCAACUACCUUGUAAUAAACCAGUGUUCAACUAGUUUUAUAACUGAAAAGCUGCACAUUUUUCAUAGUACAGACCCUAGUUUUUACCUGUAGUUUGGACCUCUCCGUUAAAAUGUAGCUGCAUUACCGGCCCUUUUAAAAGACAUCUGUUAAAGGAAAAUUCGGGUGUUAGAUUUUCUUGGGACCGUUUCUGUAACUUCUGCCCUUCACAAUAUAGAAAAUACUGUUUAUGCCAUUACAUUUUAAUUCCAGGUUUAAAACCUGUCGAAAGCUGGAGCUUGAAAUCAGUUUUAUGUGAUGGCAUUUAAAAAAUAGCAUGUUCUUUUUAAACUGAAUUUUAUAUCUAAUCAGUGUCUUCAGUCUUGAAGAAGAAUUUGCAUUGUUGUGUUUGUAUAUAGAGUAUUGCAGUGCAUGAAUUAGCUUUUAUGCAUUUUAUUAAAUGCUGUCUCAAUGUGGCAUUAUUGUUGUGGCUUAAUACUACUACCUAAAUGAGGUUUAUACUAUUAAAAAAGUGAAUUAAAGACUAAUGUGCAUCUGCUCAUUUCUUCUAAUAGUAACACCAGUAAUGCCUGACCCCCAGGAGCACCCGCAGGAUCUCCCCCAAGGGGUACUUCCCUAGCCGUCGGUCUACUUGAUGGUCCACCUGACUUGCAAAUACCUUUAGUGGGAAAGAAGGUGUGGAAGUCCAAAAGCCAGGUCGGUGGUUCUGGAGGGGAGCACAGCUGAGGUGCCAGGCUACACAAGCUGCAGUCACAGAUGAUACUCGAAAGCCAGGCCUCCAACCAGCCGGCUCAUCCUGUAAAGGUAUUCACUAUCCAGAACAAAAAUGUGUUCUUAAAGUUGUAGAAGUUGGAAAGAACUUGCUCCGUGGGGGGAUCAUGUGACCUCUCAUUUUACUGGUGAGGAUUCGGAGGUCCAGAGUCAGAUUCUUGGCAGAACCCACUGGCAGCCAAAUAGCUUUAAAUGGCUGUGCCAGGUAAGUAUUCAAAAUGAAAACCAGUCACUUCAGAAGAACAAGGUCUAAAAUCUAUGCAAAUAGACACUAUCACGGCAAUCUUUUUUUCCUCCUAUUUCUGUACAUUUUAAACCCAUCUUUUAUCACUACUAAACAAAGUAGGAAACAGGAGACAAAAGGGUCAAAGAGAUAAUGCCCCCUAGUGGUGCUUAUUCCAAGUCUCUGUAAAGAGUAAUAAGGGCGGCACUGGCUUGCCUUGCCUCCCGGUCAGCAACCUUUCUGGGCCCCCUGUGGGCCAUGGAGGGAAGAGGUACUUACUUCCCCAGCCCUGGCUCACUAGAGCUCUUUCCGAAAAGCUCCAGCGGCCCCAGCAGCCCAAUCACAGCCUCAGCAGCUGGCAUGAAAGCCAAGGCUAAGUCAGCUGGGCGGGGUUAUUAAAAAACAUGACAGGAGCGCCUGGGUGGCUCAGUCGGUUAAGCGGCCGACUUCGGCUCAGGUCAUGAUCUUGCGGUCCGUGAGUUCGAGCCCCGCGUUGGGCUCUGUGCUGACAGCUCAGAGCCUGGAGCCUGUUUCAGAUUCUGUGUCUCCCUCUCUCUGACCCUCCCCCGUUCAUGCUUUGUCUCUCUCUGUCUCAAAAAUAAAUAAACGUAAAAAAAAAUUUUUUUUAAAUAAAAAACAUGACAGGGUUAGAAUGGAGGAUAGAAUUCUCUGCCCACCCUCAAAUGGUAAAGGGAGAAGGCGCACUGCGGUGUGGACCUGUAGUUCAACACAACCCUGGUGAGCCUGCAGCCAUCCCAGAAUGCCUCCUCCGUGCCCAGCCCCACCAGCCGUCUCCCCGAACACAAGUCUGGUACAAAAUCACCA